AUGUCAUGCCCUCAGUGCUUUUCCGGCCAUGUCAAUCCAGGCGCUCCUACUGGUCGUUGGGAUACCGUUCAUGGCCUUCGAACCUACAUUACAACACCCCUGGCUGGCAGAAGCCCGAAAGCUAUUAUUGUCAUAAUUCCCGACGCUUUUGGUGUUGACUUUAUUAACAAUCAGAUCCUUGCGGAUCAUUAUGCUUCGGCCGCAGAUUAUCUGGUUUACCUACCUGAUUUCAUGAACGGUAGGUUCUUCUUAGGCAGUGCUGCGCCAGUCAGGACAAUGAUCAACAUGGCACACCUUUGGGAUGAGACCGGAUCUUGGUUGUCUAAACCGUACUAUCUCCUCGCUACCAUGCUGGACUUUGUGCCAUUUCUGAUUCGAAACCGCUUCAGCGUUUGUUGGCCAAGGGUAACUGGGUUCCUAAAAGACCUGCAGCAGCAUAAAGACGCACAUCUUCCUGUUGGGAUUGCAGGUUUUUGCUGGGGUGGAUUGCACACAGUCAGGCUGACCCACAAUACGGCGGAGACUAAAACUGCUAGUGGUCGCGCCCUAGCAGACGCGUUUUUCACUGCCCAUCCAAGUAGCGUCGAUGUCCCACAUGACAUAGACAAUGUCGCGCGUCCUCUCUCUAUUGCAAUUGGCGACGAUGAUGCCGUGAUGGGAAUGAAACAAGUGCGACAAGCUGAAUCAAUCUUGGAGGGUAAGGAUGUCGAUACAAACGUGGUUAUUUACCCUGGAGCGAAGCACGGAUUCGCAAUUCGCGCAAGCAGGGCAGAGCCAGAUUCAAAGGAGACGCGACAGGCAGAGGAAGCUGAAGAACAGGCCAUUGCUUGGUUCAAGAGACAAUUUGGCAUGAUAGAAUAA